AUGGCCGCCUCUAAUAAUGUAGCUGCGAGCUCUAUCCGUCAGUCCUUCCUCCGUACCGGGAGCAACCCCAGCCAUAAUCGAGAGAUGAGCGACAAUCUGGAGGAUGGCAAUGGCACUGCCGAACCCAACGAGCGAUCUCGUCUACUGGGCCGCAUAGGCACCACCGAAUCAGGCACUCCCUACCACAAGCACGAGAAUCCUACCAUCCGAUACCCUGCCCUAGUUGCGCAUACGACCUGGGAAAUCCUCAAGACAAAUUAUGUCAACGUCUUGCUGGUCUUCGUGCCGCUUGGUAUACUCUCCGGCCUAUUGGACUGGUCUCCUGUUGCACAAUUCACUUUGAACUUCGUUGCAAUCAUUCCGCUAGCUUCAUUGUUGGCAUUUGCGACUGAGGAGCUGGCUGUUCCGUUGGGUCAGACUUUGGGAGGCUUAUUGAAUGCCACUUUCGGCAACGCAGUUGAACUGAUUGUCAGUAUCAUUGCUCUACGCAACAAUGAGAUUCGCAUUGUGCAAGCCAGCAUGCUGGGCAGUAUUCUGUCCAACAUUCUCCUUGUGCUCGGAUGCUGCUUUUUGGCCGGCGGAAUCAGAUACAAAGAGCAGACGUUCAACAGCACCGUUGCCUCGACUAUGUCCUCGCUUAUGACAGUUGCCACUGCGUCGCUGAUCAUUCCCGCUACCCUCUACGCCGUCAUGGCCAACCAAAACCCAGGUGAUCAAGACGAUAAUAUCAUGGUGCUCUCUAGAGGCACCUCCAUCAUUCUGCUAUUCAUCUACGUCUCGUAUCUGUUCUUCCAGCUCAAGACUCACGCCGAGCUGUUUGACGAUGCCGAGCAACAGGAGGGCGAUGAGGAGGGCUCGACUAUGCUUGGUCCUUGGGCGGCCGGCGCGGUCCUUGUCGUCAUUACUCUUUUGGUCGCCAUUUGCGCCGAGUACUUGGUAGACAGCAUUGAUUCCAUUGUGGAGAAAGCGCAUAUCAGCAAGACCUUCAUCGGUCUCAUCCUGAUUCCAAUCGUCGGCAACGCUGCCGAGCACGUUACGGCCGUCAUUGUGGCAUACAAGAACAAGAUGGAUCUUGCCAUUGGCGUGGCAAUUGGUUCGAGCCUGCAGAUUGCCAUUUUUGUCACACCUUUCCUGGUCAUCCUCGGUUGGAUCAUGGACAGACCAAUGUCUCUGCACUUCGAGACUUUCGAGACCGUGGCCUUCUUCCUGGCCUCGUUGGUCGUGGUGCUACUGAUCCAGGACGGCAAGUCCAAUUGGCUCGAAGGACUACUCUGCUUGGGCAUGUACAUAAUCAUCGCCCUUGCUUUUUACGUUCUGCCUGACGAUGCUGGCGAUAUUGGCGAUAAGCCUAAGAUUGGCAGCGGUGGGCUUUGA